AUGGCUAGAGGACCAAAGAAGCAUUUGAAGAGAUUAGCAGCCCCAUCCCACUGGAUGUUGGACAAAUUGUCCGGUGCUUAUGCCCCAAGACCAUCCGCUGGUCCACACAAAUUGAGAGAAUCCUUACCAUUGGUUGUUUUCUUAAGAAACAGACUUAAGUAUGCCUUAAACGGUAGAGAAGUCAAGGCUAUCUUGAUGCAACAACACGUUAAGGUUGAUGGUAAGGUCAGAACUGACUCUACCUACCCAGCUGGUUUCAUGGAUGUUAUCACUUUAGAAGCUACCAAUGAACAUUUCAGAUUAAUCUAUGAUGUUAAAGGUAGAUUCGCUGUCCACAGAAUCUCUGCUGAAGAAGCUUCUUACAAAUUAGGUAAAGUUAAGAAGGUUCAAUUAGGUAAGAGAGGUGUUCCAUAUGUUGUUACCCACGAUGGUAGAACCUUGAGAUACCCAGAUCCAUUGAUCAAGACUAACGAUACCGUUAAGAUUGAUUUAGCCACUGGUAAGAUCACCGAUUUCAUCAAAUUCGACACUGGUAGAUUAGUUAUGGUUACUGGUGGUAGAAAUUUGGGUAGAGUUGGUGUUAUUGUCCACAGAGAAAAGCAUGAAGGUGGUUUCGAUUUAGUUCACAUUAAGGAUUCUCUUGAAAACACUUUCGUUACCAGAUUAUCUAACGUUUUCGUUAUUGGUACUGAAGCUGGUAAGCCAUACGUUUCUUUACCAAAGGGUAAGGGUAUUAAGUUAUCUAUCUCUGAAGAAAGAGACAGAAGAAGAGCUCAACAAGGUUUAUAA